AUGUCAUUCUACAACGAAGAAUACGAGACUGCAACGCCUUUAAUCGCGUCUUUGCUUUGGAGUCUCCCCGGUGAGCGGCCCGACCAUGUGGUCAAGCAGCUUAAAGAACUGAAUACGCAGAUCCGGACCAAAAAUAUCCAGGCAAAGCGCAGACAAAACGAAGGUCUAAUCAAUGUUGAGCUCUUCCUAUCUCUUGGUGACCAACUUCAAGAGGCUGCCACAACCGUUGCGGGAUCAGAUGAAGAAAGAUUUUUGGAAUCUCAAGAGACCUUGCAAAACGCCAUUGAAGAGUUCAAAUGGCCGGAAGAUUGGAACAUUGAGUUAGACCAGUUUACAGAAUACUGUGAAGCCCUGGCGAAAUUGGACGGUAAUAGCUCCGGGAUGCAAGGUAUUGCCCAGGAACCUUACGAUGGCGAUCUUGGUCAAUCAGACUCAGAAGCAUCGGAUAUGGACGAACUUUUUGAUGAUAAUAUUUCGAAUUGGCAGAGCGCGACGCCUCUGGAUGAUAUACGCCACGAGGCCGAAAAGGAAUAUGGAAUCCCUUUCACCCAAGGGGCAGUCCUGGGUUGGUCAGGGAGCGAAGAGUCCGGAUAUUCUCUUAUUGUUGGAAGCCAAUACGAUGGAAAAAAGAUAGCGCGUGUAAUCCAAUCUACAAACCUUCCAUCUCAUGUCAACGAUAAUAUGAGCAUCGAGCUCAACUCUCGUGCCGAGCAGGUCAUUAACAAUGAGACCGUCUACGACUCGAGACUGGUCGAAGGCAUCGGCCUGGUGGCAUGGAAGGUGAAUGCACGGCAUGAACUAGAUCCGACCUCAUCUUUACAUCCGGGCAAAGCCAAACCAUACCCCGAGACGUACGUUUGGGUCCUGUGGUAUGACGGAGCCUGGAGCUGGGAGAGCCGCUGGGGUUUGCAGCAGAUCAUGCAUGAACUGACAGACUUUCAAGUGGAUCUCUUAAUAUAUCGCCUGGCAACCUCUCAAGACGGGGACUAUAGAGAAUCACUAACUGGAGAGAGACCAUCCUACCCGACUGUAUCACCGUCAGACAUCCAGGGAAGAGGUAUUGCAGACGCUGGAGAUAUAGGACCUUCGUCUUUGCCGGCAAAAGAUUCACGGGGCGGAACUACUGUCAAAAAGCCGAAAAUUUGUCUUGAAGAGCCAGCUCUCUCUCCAGAUAUGGAUCGUCAAUCGACCGCCAGUAAGACGCAGUUGAAGCAUAACAGCACGUCGCUAGCAUCAAAUCGGAGAAACGCGCAGGGCAACAGAUCUGUUCUGCCUGAGUCUCCUCAUGGCGCCCUUGAAAGUUCCAGGUAUACUAGCCACCGUCAACGAGCUGAGCUUCUUGGGGUGGUGCGGAAUCGACUUGGACGCACUGCUUCGCGGAAUGUUGCAUGGGAAGACGCCUUUUGA